AUGACCUCAACACCCACCCCAGCCGAGCCGCCUGGAGCAUCAGAGCAUUCUCGAGCCAACGAACCCACCGAGCCCACAGAAUCUCACUCACACAACCCCUCUCAUAAAGAGCACGGACACUCAAGUCGCAGCCGUGCAUUCCGGUUUAAAGAUGGCAGUCGUCCCCAUCGCAAGCGUACCCACCGUCACCGAUCGCGCACGCGUGACAGUGAACCCUCUAAGCGGCGACAUCGCGAGGAGAAGCAACCGGAGCCCACAUAUGAAGACUCUUUCGGUUCCACUAGAGACACCUUCCGUGAAUCUCUGUUCGACGCGCUUGGAGAUGACGAAGGUGCUGCGUACUGGGAAUCAGUCUACGGGCAACCCAUCCACAACUACCGUGUACCGGAUGUACAGCGGGGUCCGGAAGGUGAACUCGAGCAGAUGACGGAGGAGGAAUAUGUAAAUUACGUGCGUCAGCGAAUGUGGGAACGGACGCGAGAAGGCAUGCAGGCAGAGCAGGAACGUCUACGAGCUGAACGGCAGCAGAAAAGGAAGGAAGAGGCUCAGAGGAAUGCGCAGUAUGGGCGGGAGGAAUUCGAACGCGCUAUGGAUGACAGUUUGCGGCGAGGGGCGGAGCGCAAACGAGCUAAGGUUGGCUGGAGUGCGCCCUGGGCGGCUUAUCUGAAGAGCUGGGAGAAUAUUGGGAAGGCUGCGGAGGGAUCUGCUCCCAAGCCAUUACGCAAUCUGCUCUUCUGGCCUGUUCGCUCUGGGAAGAGGGCUGAUAUUCAGCCGCAAGCUGUUGAAGAGUUCAUGCGUCAUGCCCCGGCGCCGGCCGAGUUGCUCGGUACGCUGAAGGCCGAGCGUAUUCGCUGGCAUCCUGAUAAGAUCCAGCAUCGCUAUGGCGCAUUGGGAAUCGACGAUGUUGUCAUGCGCAGCGUUACCGAGGUCUUCCAGAUUGUGGAUCGCAUGUGGAAUGAGGAGAGAGAGCGACAGAAGUGA